AUGAGCUACGCUGACUAUAUCACUGGCAUCUCGGCUAGGUUCUGGGAAAAGGUCCGCUUUCCCAACAAGUUCACCCGCGACGUGGUCUGGGGCAUCGUCCUCGGGAUCACCGUAUCCUUGUCGUCGACUUCAGCAGCCCUCAUCGUCCAGGACUGGAGGCGGAAGAGAGCUAUGCGAAGAAUACCCCCAAGGCCAAUCGAACUGCGAAGUGAUGAGAUAGUCCCGGGUACUAUAGGCUUGAUAGGUAACACUCCACUGAUGCGCAUCAAUUCUUUGAGCGAUGCCCUCGGGGUGGAAAUCAUGGGCAAAGCCGAGUUCCUCAACCCAGGCGGAUCUGUCAAGGACAGGGUAGCUCUACAGAUCAUCGAAGAUGCGGAAGCCUCAGGUCUUCUACAUCCCCACACCGGAUCCGUUCUAUUUGAAGGGACCGUAGGUAGUACCGGGAUCUCUCUGGCUACUGUUGGCAAGGCAAAGGGCUAUGAGUGCUGUAUCAUCAUGCCUGAUGAUGUCGCCAUCGAAAAGGUUCAGGUCUUGGAGAAACUCGGCGCGAUAGUCGAGAGAGUGCGCCCAGCGAGCAUCGUGGAUGAGAAACAAUUCGUUAAUCUUGCUCGCAAACGGGCACUUGAAUUCGGACAGACCGAGCUCACAAACACCCCCACGCACGGCAACGCAGUCGCCGUAUCUACUCUCGCCGCCCCAUCCGAAGUCGAACAUGACAACUUUCUACCUUCCUCUCUCGAACACAAGCCCAGAGGCUUCUUUGCAGACCAAUUCGAGAACGAGAGCAAUUACUUGGCGCACUACAAAGGCACUGGGCCGGAGAUAUUGAGGCAAUCAAGUGGUAAUCUGGACGCUUUCGUCAGCGGUGCUGGAACUGGCGGAACGAUUGCGGGCACCGGUUGUUUCUUGAAGAAAGCCCUUCCUAAUCUGACCAUAGCCUUAUCCGAUCCAGAGGGUUCUGGCUUGUUCAACAAGGUCCGUUAUAACGUUAUGUUUGAUAUGAAGGAGCGUGAAGGUACCAAGAGAAGGCAUCAAGUGGACACUGUCGUCGAGGGCAUUGGUGACACAUUCUUGCAUGCGUCCCUGCUCACACUUCAGCAGAUCACUCACAAUUUCUCGCUGGGCCUUCCCGUCAUCGAUGAUGCUUUCAGGAUCUCUGACGUCGAAGCUGUUGCCAUGUCUAGAUACCUUGUACAACACGACGGUCUCUUCCUUGGUUCAUCCAGUGCCUGCAACCUUGUCGCUUGUGUACGAUUAGCAAAGACGCUGAAGAAGGGAGCUCGGAUAGCAACCAUUUUAUGUGAUUCCGGUGCCCGUCACCAGAGCAAAUUCUGGUCCGACGAUUACCUGAAAAAGCACAACAUUCCCAUUGAUACGACUAUCAUUGACACGCUUUUGAGAACAUAG